AUGAAUGUGAAGAAAAGCACAAAGAACACAGAGAAUAGGCAGCCUGCAAAAUCACAAGACAACAAAGGGAAAUCCUUGUAUUGCACACACUGUGAGGGUGAUACACACACAGUUGAUCGCUGCUACUACAUCAUCGGCUUUCCACCAGGGCACAAGUUCCAUGGCAAAUCAGUUAAGCCACCAAACAGGAACAAGCGCUUCACAGCCAAUAAUGCUCACGGCACGACCAAACCCACCACUAUAGAGAAUACGCAUAAGAACUUUCCUCAAUUCACAGAGGAGGAGUACAAUCAGACAAGGGCCUUACUCGGUAAAACCCAGUUUUGUGGAAAUGUGACAGGACCUGAAAACAAUGAAGAUGAUUUCUCAUGCCACACUUGGAUACAUCUUAUGACGUUUAAAUCAGAAACACAAGGACUACUAAAAUCCUUCAUCGCCUUUGUCAAAACACAAUUCCAAUGUAGUGUUCAACAAGUUAGGGCAGACAAUGGAAGUGAGUUCAUUUCAAUGCGACCUCUUUUUAACAACUUGGGAAUUCUUUUUCAACAUUCUUGCCCAACAACACCACAACAAAAAGGAGUCGUAGAGCGCAAACAUCGUCAUCUCUUAAAUGUUGCUCGUGCUCUACGAUUCCAAGCUCACCUACCACCAGUGGCGGAUCCAGGAUUCUGUGGCCAAGGGGGCUUAGUGUAA